UGCUCAGUUUGCAGUCCUGUGGAGUUUUUAAAUGCAUUCUAAACUAACGUAGAGAGCUGUUUAGCCUGCAUGCUUAAAGACUCGGUAUCUGGACAGUUAGCUGGUACGUACGUGUCCCUGGUUGUGUAUCCUAGGGCAGGAACAAGUCCUAAUUGUAUUUGCUCAGAUAACUCGAUAAAAGAAACAACUCUUCAGCCAGCAGUCUUCCAAGGCAGAGAGCCAAAGGACAGUGGGAAUGGGGUGGACAGAGAGGUUGUAACUUUGAGUGAGCGCUCUUUGACAGGUUCAAGGGGUGUUCUGUUCCGUUUGGCACUUGACUGUAGUUGUGGGUUUACAGAAGGGCAAAGUGACUCUGAAUUGUUAAGUGACUUCUUGGUGAAUAAGUGAGUAGCUCCCAGCAAACUGCUGUUAGAUGAUGACAGAUGGUGAUAGUUUGCCAAGGAGGAACUUCUCCUGCUUCUAAUAAAGGUCUGUAGCCCAGAAGACUACAGGCUUGGAAACAUUUACUCUAGUAAAUUAUGGUUCUGACCCCAAAUCUGAAUUGGACAGAGAGAUGGGCUCCUGGAAGUUGUGUUUAAGUAGCCCAUUGGUCUUACCGUGCUGUAAGUGGAUUUGUACUCUGUUGCCUUUUCAAAAUGUCAAACUGUCACCAGGGGAUGUUGGGAGGAAAUGUUUGGGUGGCAGAUUAACACUGGGUUCAAACAGCAAACACACAGAGAUGACUUCUCUCUCCACAUUUAUCCCCCUAAUUGAUUUAUAAAGGUUAAUGACACCCCCCCCCCCCCACUCCCCUUUAAUGUGUUUCAUUUUUUGGCCUGGCUUAAUGUCACUCGUGCCAUCCAAGAAAUUAAUCCAUAGCAGUUCCUGCUUCUGCUGAAAGGGAGGGUACAGUCAUUUAGGUUGGGCAGGAGUUCAAGCCCCUGGUUUUCUGGGAAAAAUCUGUCCUUUUAUCAAAGGCCAGCGAGCUGGGCGCUAACAUCUGAUGCUUUGGUGGCUGAGAGGUUACCACAAUGAAUGAGCAAGAGUGGCUUGAAGGGAAUGGAUGCCCUUCUGUCAGAACUGGUGCAAAUAAUUUCCAUCUGAUGAUGUCCCAGGCUCUGGGAUCUCUAAACUGACUCUCUGUGAGGAUUUAUGCACUUGGCCAUGGCAGGAUGUGAAACAGCCUUUGUGUAGCUUUGGGAGAAGCCUGGAGUCUUUCCUUACUCAGUGUUGAACUGUCUGCUUUUGGGAAGUGGACUCCUUGGUGACUUGGCUUGGAACCCGCUAGCUCAGUUUGCUUGCUACUCUCUGUUUGGGGAAAGGUUCGGCAUUACUCAGAGAGAAGUUUUGUGUCUCUGCUGACCAACGAUAGUUUUAAAGACUGGUCAGUAACAUUCAGGGCAGUCAAAACAGCAAAAAGGAGAAUGAGAGCAACGGACAUAGACGUUACUAAGUGUUCUGGGUUUAAUUGCAUCUGAAAUAUAUAAAUAGCCUUUCUCCUAGCCCUGAGCUGUAUUAAGAUCUUAUGACUGGCUCCUGUGUUGAGUAAAGUGUAGACACACACUGAUUCCUAGAGUUACUCCUUAAACUGAUAAUCAAAUUAAGCAGCACAGUAUGUUAAUUCACUAGGUCUCUCCAUUGACCUACCUGUAAGAAAUACUGAUGUAAUUCAGUUAUAUUUACUAUUUAUUAUUUAUACUGUGGUAGCCUGCAGGAGCCCCAGUCACUGACCCUGGCCCUAUGGUGCUAGGUAUUGUACAGACAGAGGGUCCUGCCCCAAACAGCUUGUCAUCUAGAGAUAAGACAUGAGACAGCGGGUGGAUACCGACAGAUGGGGGAGCAGAAGGAAACAAUAAGACAGUCCUGGUCAGCAUGACGGGCAGUGGCCUUAGCACACCAGCCGCCUAACCGUUGUCAAGUUUUUUAGAGGCAUCAUGGCCUAGGAGAGUUUGCAGGAGGUCAGGGGGGUGGCUUUGCAGAUGGUUACAGAUAUCCUCCUUCUAUACAUGAGAGGCAGUGUGGAAGAAAGUACUAUCAAGCACUAGUCAAGAACUAUCCACCUUGUCUGAAUCACUGGAGAAGUAGUCAAAUCUUAUAGCUGGUGGUAAAUAGCCCCAGGGUUCACACUCCUGGCAUGUCAAGACUGUAUUCCUUUCCUCCCAUCUUUUCAUAGGCUGCGGCAGACUGAGCUGUCGUGUGCAGUGUGUCUCCGAUUGUAUAGAGACCGUGCCUGCCAUUCUGUUUCUCUCCCAUUGUGGUGUCUUCCUUUACACUGUUACUUAGGGUGUUGGUUGCUGUUCUUGGGGGGUGUAGAUACUGCAUCCUUGAUUUGACUGCUAUGGCUCAUGGCGUGUGCAGGGUGCAUGGGUACUGGACAUCUCCCCAAGGUUGGGAGCCGAAGCUGGAGAGCUGCCUACCCAUUCUGAGAUCAUUCCAUGCUUUGCUGUGAAGACCCGUCUCCUUGUAAAUGGGCUGAUUUUGCUCAUAGCAGCAAAGCGAAGCAAACUGGAACUAAACGCUUCCCCUCCCUAUUAGCUAAGACCUGGCUUCUCCAUAUCAUGAGUGGAUCACUUUUCUUGGACUUCAGCAUUUGCCUUCUGCUUACGGGGAGGCCUUGUCUUCACCAGGGGAAAAAAAGGUGGUUUUGAAUCAUUUGUUAGUAUGCUAGUGUGGACUAGGCAAUUGUUGUUUUUACAAGUGUUAGCUAGUCGAGAUAAACCGUAGGCCCUCCCCACAUUCAUCUCGACACUUGUGAAACUACAGACUGCCUGUCCACACUGGGAUUUUACCAUGUGGUCCAAAACCAGUCUCUUUUUCCUAGUACGGAUGCAGCCUUUGGUUGGGGCUAGUGUAUUGUCAGUGUUUCUGACAGAGGAUGCCAGACCUUAAGGCCGAAGAUCACCCCUCGCUUUGUCUCUCUGAGAUGGGAGAGUGUCUGUGAACAUCCAUAUUCCUCAAAUGUCCAUAACUCCCCAUUUCAAAUCCGUACUCUGCCAGUGAUUGUAACGCAGAGAGUUCGGGCUUAGAAAAGCUCCCACUGGCAUGUCUUCUAGGUAAAUAUUAUAAAGCUAUUGAGCCAUACCAAGAAUGUUAGGUGGGAUGACCGGGGAAUUUGCCAAAGGAAAUAACAUGGAUGAAAUGUCUUUUUGCUCCAGGACAAAAGACUCUGCAAGUUCUAAGGAUUUAGGAGGGUCUUUUCCUGGCUUCACUGUAUUUAAGCCUGUAACAAAGCAAUCCUUUCUGCUGUGCUCAUUGUAACCUUCCUCAUUCCCUUCUGUCUCGCUGGAGUCUGCAGCAUGAGCGUUAGGGCUGAGAAGUUGAGAACUUGCCCACUCCUGUCAGAAGGGUGUUAGUGGAGAAGCGCAAGUAUUUCCAUUAAGUGCUAACAGUAUUAACCUUUUCACUGUUGACGGUCAUACUGGAAACCUCCAGCGAGUGCUGGACCUGUCAGGUUCUGAUGCUGUGUAACAGGAAUAUAGUAUCUAAUCAGAGUAUUCAAAUAAUUGAGAUGGUUGCUACUGCAGGCUCUGCUUCCAUCUGCUAAAUGUGUCAAACAAGCACUUUUCUUACCCUGUCUCCACCUAGUGUAGCCUCAUCCUUGACCUGAGCUCGUCUCUCUUCCCAUUCAGUUGCCUAUUUCAAACUCUGGGUACUCCACUCUCUAGCUUCGGCUCUCAUGAAAUCAUCCGCCGUGCUUUCUUGUCCUUUUGUUUUGAGUGCUGCAGCUGUAUGUCCUCCCUGUCCAUCUGCACAUUAGCAUUUUCCUUUCGACCUCCUGCAGUUGCACUGCAAGCAGGGGACCUCCAGCAGAGAGUUAUCCCAUAAUUGCAUAAUGACUUCUACACAUUCUGCACCAAUAACACACCAAAGUAAUCGGCACUGACUCUGUUUCCAACUCAAAACAGCAUUAAAACUUUACCCUGAUAGAAAACUUCAGGUAUGUCUACACUGCAAAAAAAAAAAAAAAAACCACCAUGGCAGUGAAUCUCCGAGCCCAGGUCUACAGCCUCAGAACUGAAAAUAGCAGUGUAGACUGUUUGGACUCCAAAGCCCAGGGAGUGGGGUGGGCUUUAGAGCCUGAGCUCCAGCCCAAGCCAGAAUGUCUACAUGGCUGUUUUUAGUCUAUAGAUCCAGGCUCGGAGACACCCUGCACGGGUUUUUUUUGGCAGUGUAGACAUUCCCUUAGAAGCAAACAGACGGCAACAUGGACCUGCAGAGAGAGUACUGGACUGGGAGUCAGACCAGAGGAUCUACUCUUCUUUCAGCUGCUGACCUUCUUCGUGGCCUCGGGUCAAGAGGACAAUAUGGCCGCCACUGCAGCAGUCAGUCCUAGUGAAUACCUGCAGCCUGCUGCCUCCACAGCACAGGACUCUCAGCCAUCUCCACUAGCCCUGCUUGCAGCGACAUGUAGUAAAAUUGGUCCUCCCGCCGUGGAAGCCGCCGUCACUCCUCCGGCCCCGCCUCAGCCCACACCUCGAAAACUUGUCCCCAUCAAACCCGCACCAGUUCCUCUGGGUUCCAGUAAGAACAGCUUUGGGAUCUUGUCGUCGAAAGGGAACCUCUUCCAGAUCCAAGGGUCUCAGCUUGGGACAUCCUAUCCUGGGGGGCAGCUGGUUUUUGCCAUUCAGAAUCCAACCAUGAUCAACAAAGGGGCCCGCUCGUCUACGAACAUCCAGUACCAGACUGUCCCUCAGAUUCAAGCAGCAGGGGGGCAGACCAUACAAGUUCAACAGAACCUAGCCAACCAGAUUCAGAUUAUUCCCGGCACUAACCAAGCGAUCAUUACCCCCUCCUCUUCCACGCACAAGCCUGUGCCAAUCAAGCCGGCUCCCGCGCACAAGGCCGGGGCAUCGUCUGUGCAGAGUGCAAGCAACGUUGUCAAGCUGACCGGCGGCGGCAACAUGACACUAACCCUGCCAGUUAAUAACCUGGUGAAUGCCGCGGACCCUGGCGCUCAGGCUCAGAUCAUAGCCGAGAGCCCGUCAAAGCCCUGUAAAAAGACUAGAAAGAAAGCCAUGUCACCAGCCCAGACGACAGCCAUGGCCGUGGCUGAGCAAGUAGAAACGGUGUUGAUAGAGACUACGGCAGAUAACAUAAUCCAGGCAGGAAAUAACCUGCUGAUAGUGCAGAGUCCUGGCUCAGGCCAGCCAGCGGUGGUGCAGCAGGUCCAGGUGGUCCAACCCAAGCAAGAGCAGCAGGUGGUACAGAUUCCCCAGCAGGCCCUGAGAGUGGUCCAGGCGGCCUCUGCCACACUCCCUACCGUCCCCCAGAAGUCCUCUCAGAACUUUCAGAUCCAGGCAGCUGAGCCAACUCCUACGCAGGUCUACUUCAAAACACCUUCAGGGGAGCUGCAGACCGUGCUACUUCAGGAAGCCCCGGCUGUGACGGUGGCCCCUUCUCCCACCUCCUGCAGCAGCCCCAUGUCCCGCAGUGCCCAAGCAGGAGGAAGCUGCAAAAAGCCAGCUGCCCGCAAAGAGCGCCCCCUGCCGAAGAUCGCCCCUGCUGGAGGCAUUAUCAGCUUGAACGCCGCUCAGCUGGCGGCUGCGGCCCAGGCGAUGCAGACCAUCAACAUUAACGGUGUCCAAGUCCAAGGCGUACCUGUCACCAUCACCAACACCGGAGGCCAGCAGCAGCUGACAGUCCAAAACGUGUCUGGCAACAACCUGACCAUCAGCGGCCUGAGCCCAACCCAGAUCCAGCUGCAGAUGGAGCAGGCGCUGUCCGGGGAGAUCCAGCCUGGGGAGAAAAGGCGGCGCAUGGCAUGCACCUGCCCCAACUGCAAGGACGGGGAGAAAAGGUCAGGGGAUCAGGGGAAGAAGAAGCACAUCUGCCACAUCCCUGAGUGCGGCAAGACUUUCCGCAAGACCUCGCUGCUGCGGGCCCACGUCCGCCUGCACACGGGCGAGCGCCCCUUUGUCUGCAACUGGGUCUUCUGCGGGAAGCGGUUCACGCGCAGCGAUGAGCUGCAGCGGCACGCCCGGACGCACACAGGUGAUAAGCGUUUUGAGUGUGCGCAGUGCCAAAAGCGCUUCAUGAGAAGUGACCACCUGACGAAGCACUAUAAAACCCACCUGGUCACCAAGAACUUGUAGGGUUAGCGGCAGCCAGACGCGGGGGCCGCCAGCUGGCCCUCUAGCACUGGCUAAGCCCCGCACUGUCAUGGACAGUCCCCGGCAUGGGUACGGCGUAGGGGUUGGGCAGACGGCCAGCCUGGGAUUCCACAGCCGUAGUCGCACUCCUGGCUUUGAUACCCUCCCAGAGGUGUCUGCGCGGGGAGAGGAGUCAUUGCUGAUCUUCCUUCCUCGGAAGCCAUCCGCCUUCCAGCACAGUCCUUGGGAAUCCAGCUCCUUCCUCCGCAGAGCGCGUCAGAGCCGGACAUUGAUUGCACGGGCCGGGACGAAGGGGAAGCCCUUAUUUCCAAAGGAAAAUGCUAACGUGGGUGCGAGCGGCAGAUGCUCCUCGCUGCAUCGCGGGCUGGGGGGACUGAACAAGCCGUGCCGUGCCAUCCUCAUGUAAACAGGACAAGGAUGCCGGUGAAACUUUCUCACGGUGCCCCCCCACUCCCUGCACUUGUGAAGCUUCGACACAGCGGGGGGCAGCACUCCAGACAGCCCACCUAGCGCUCUGCGGCACAUUCCUACUUUAUAUUUAAAAUCUAUAAAUAUCUAUAAAUAUCUCUCUCUAUAAACUCCUUUGGAAGGCCCUUUUUUUCUAUGGAAAUUGUUGCCUUAUGCUCCCAGCUCCCAAGUAUGAACACUGUGUAUCGUGAGUGCUUUUUUUUUUUUUUUAUUUAAUUGCGCCCGUUUGAUAAUCUGCCCUCCCAAUCCUUUUCCCUCCAAAGUUCUUUUCUAAUUAUGAAUUGAAGAGGUUUUUUUCCUCUCCGCUGAUUUAUUUUUCCUUUUCAUUUCUCAGUGACAUGGCAUUUCCUUUUGAAUCUUGGAUCUUUAAAUCCUCUUUUGCCCAUAAUGCCAAUCCCCACCCCCGGCAGCCCAUCACUGUGUAUAGUGUAUAUUGUAUCAUAGACUAUAUUGCUUCCGUGUUUACUACAUGUUUCAAAAACAUAUGGCUUGUUAUUUUUGAGCUUUUAAAUUAAAAAAAAAAAUCCACUUUAUUUUUUAGUUGUAACUGCUUGAGGUAUGUUUUAUGAAUUAAGUGACAGAUCUGUUGUUCUUUAUUAACGAUGUAACUGGCUGGCUGGUGAAGAGUCAGCCAAGAGCUUUUUCUUGCUAAAUAAAUUUAGUCGCCAGAGGCAAACCCAG